GGGGUUGUGGCUCACAUGGCAACAGCAAACUCUACUCCUCCAGGCUCUUUAGAUUUGCUUCAGCCUGGAUUUUCAAAGGAUAUCUUAGGAACAAAAUUAGAAGAUAAAUAUCUUUGUUCUGCAUGCAAAAACAUUUUGAGAAGACCAUUUCAAGCUCAGUGUGGACAUCGGUACUGCUCUUAUUGUCUAACCAGCAUCAUAAGCACUGGGCCUCAGAAUUGUGCUGCCUGCAUUCAGGAGGGCAUAUAUGAAGAAGGCAUUUCUAUUUUAGAAAGCAGUUCGGCUUUUCCAGAUAAUGCUGCCCGAAGAGAGGUAGAAAGCCUACCAGCUGUCUGUGUUAACGAUGGUUGCACCUGGAAAGGCACUAUAAAAGAAUAUGAGAGCGGCCAUGAAGGACACUGCCCAUCCAUGCUAAUCGAGUGCCCAGCAUGUAAGUGGAUGAUCAAACUGGGUGAGAAGGAGCAUCAUUCUGAGCGGGAAUGCCCAAAGAGAAGCCUCAACUGCAGAUACUGCAAAGUUCUUUUCUACUAUCCUGAUAUUAAGGCCCAUGACGAGAUCUGUCCCAAGUUUCCCUUGACUUGUGAAGGCUGUGGUAAGAAGAAAAUUCUGCGAGAGAAAUUUCAGGACCAUGUCAAGGCCUGUGGCAAAUGCAAAGGUCCAUGCAAAUUCCAUGUUGUUGGCUGUACUGAAAUGGUGGAAAACGAGAAGCAGCAAGAUCAUGAAAAUCAGAAAGUAGCCGAGCACCUCUGCAUGUUGUUAAACUUUGUCCUUGAGGCCAGGCAUUUCCAUGGAGACAUUGGUCCCCUCCUUGGCCAAGGUGACAUGGGGGGCUGGGGAAACAACUCAUUGGCCUUAGGGCCAGAGAUGUCCAAGUCUACAGAGCUGUUGGAGAGAUGUGAAACCCUGGAAAGAAAAACAGUCACUUUUGAGAACAUUGUCUGUGUCUUGAACCGAGAGGUGGAGAGAGUGUCCAUGACAGCUGAGGCUUGCAGCAGGCAGCACCGCCUGGACCAGGAAAAAAUUGAAACUCUCAGUAGCAAGGUCCAGCAGCUGGAAAGGAGUAUAGGAUUAAAAGACCUGGCGAUGGCUGACAUGGAACAGAAGAUCCUUGAGAUGGAAGCUUCCACUUAUGAUGGAAUUUUCAUAUGGAAGAUAACAGACUUUGCUAGAAAACGCCAAGAAGCCAUGGCCGGCCGCUCUCCUGCCAUCUUCUCUCCAGCCUUCUACACGAGCAAAUAUGGCUAUAAGAUGUGUUUGAGAAUUUAUCUGAAUGGGGAUGGCACUGGACGUGGGACCCACCUUUCUCUUUUCUUUGUCGUGAUGAAAGGACCAAAUGAUGCACUUCUACGUUGGCCCUUUAAUCAAAAGGUGACAUUAAUGCUGCUAGAUCAGAACAACCGGGAACAUGUGAUUGAUGCCUUCAGGCCUGAUGUGACAUCUUCCUCUUUCCAAAGGCCAGUCAGUGAUAUGAACAUUGCCAGUGGCUGUCCCCUUUUCUGUCCUGUCUCUAAAAUGGAGUCAAAGAAUUCUUAUGUGCGCGAUGACGCCAUUUUCAUCAAAGCCAUCGUGGAUUUGACGGGUCUCUAAUGCCACCUUUCCAUCCACAUAUGGGAGCCUAGUGCCAGCCUGGUUUGGAAGUGUCUCAGGCAGGAGUCUCACCCACACACCUAUGGGCAGAGCCCCCCUCCCAGCACACUCCACGUUCAUAGGGCAGAGGGGUGGGGCCAAGGCAGGCCUGCAGGGAAAGGCCCUGGCCUUCAGCUAAGAGUGAUAUUCAGGACCAAGAGGAGAAGGCACUGGCUAGACCUUGGAUAUUAGAGGCACUUGGUUUAAAACUUGUCAACAGAGAUUGAGAGUCAGUGAAUGGGCAGCCACUUCUAGGAAAUAGGCAAUUCAAUCCAGGAUUGGUUUGAAAUUUGCUGUGGGUCUGCAAGCUCCUGCCUAUAAAAGAUACUUGAUACACUAUCUG